CGUUCCACCUUUCUUACUCAAACCUUGAUGGGUACACUCCUUCCGUAGCUCCUCGCCAUCGACUUCAUUCCGCAAUUUGCUGCUGACUGAGGCCAUGGAGCGCAUCCACUCCACUUCAAGCAGAGGAUUAGCCGGAUGGGGCAAUCCGACGCUGCCCCAGAGCGGGUUUACGCUAUUCCUGCGCGUGCAUUCUGCUCGAAAUCUGGCGGCGAUGGGGCGCGGAUCGUACUGCAAACUCUACCUCGGCAACACCGAAGUGUUGGAUGGAUCUGCUCAAGCCGGAGCCUCGUUUAGCAACCUCUUGGCGAUCGACAACACUCAGCCUGGAACUCACCGUGUCUUCCGUACUAAAGUGCUGUAUACGGAUCAGAAAUCCUGUCCGGAAUGGAACGAGAAACUCGAACUCCACGUUAUGAACCCGGACACUGAAAUCUUAACCAUUCGAGUUAAGAACCAGUUGAUGCUCUUCUGUCCUGCUAUCGGGGCGUGUGCUAUUCCUCUUUGCAAUGUCAAGAUGGGGGAACCCGCAGAGCAGUGGUUCCCUCUGUACAAGCAGAACAAACCUGCGGGUCAUAUCCGACUCCAAUUGCUGCUAAAGGUGAAAGAUCCUGUCAUGCAUCCACCCCCUGCAGUGAACGAGUCACCGAUGCAGAGACUUAUCCAGCAACAUUGCCAGCAAGAACGAGAGCGACGCCAGUUCGUUCAGACUGAAGAAACGAUAAGACGUCGACAGUUUGAAGAACAAGAGAGACUACAGACGGAGUUACGAAGACAGAAACAAGAAGCGGAGCAACGCGAACGGAUGAGGAUUGAGGAGAUGGCCAAGAUGCAAGCGUUCCAUGACAAAAUGCAACGCGAAGAACAGGCAAAAGUCCAGGCGUAUUUGCAAAAACAAUUGGAGCAUGAGGAAGAUUUCCAUGCUCAAGUGUUGACGGACAAGAUGAGCGCGAUGAAGGUGGAGGAAACACCAGAAGUGACUAAAGAGUCCAAUAACUCCAGCUAUUAUUUCGCUGACGAUGUAGAAACGUCGAACUCGAAGGGAUUGAAGCAGAGCUUUACUGAUGAACAGGUGCCUGAAGCUGUGGAGGUGACGGAUGUGGUGCUGGGAGAGGUCAUCCACGAUGCGUUGCCCUCAGACUCGUCGGAUGAAGAUGGAACGCAACGGGGCCAGCGCAAGGAGAAGGAGCAACACCAGCAGCAAUCUAAAAGCGAAAUGAACAGCCCUCCUUUGUUUCCAAGCGCUCCUGAACCUACGUUAAAAGAAAAAGUCCCUCAAAGGAGCUUAUCUCCUGCCUCGUCAAGUUCAGACGAAACAUCUUCGUCCGAAGAGGAACGUCGACGUCGCCGUCGUCGCAAGGAGAAGAAAGCUAAGAGAAAAGAGCGUCGUCGAAGACGCAAAGCUAAGCGAAAAGUUCGUCGUGAAGCCGACGGAUACGAUUCGUCUUCUUCUAGUUCAUCGUCGUCGUCAUCGUCGUCCUCUUCGUCUUCUUCGACAUCGUCGGAUGAGCGCCGUAAGCGCAAGUCAAGGAAGCACAAGAAAAGCAAAGAGAGAGCGCGAUCGCACCGUGAAUGGAAGGCCAGCUCCUUUACUCGAGCCUCCGUGCCGAUCCACUCGCACUCGUAUGGACCAGAUCACUCUAACUAUCCAACCAGUCGAUACAGUGAACCUCCGCCGCAGUACACGAAGCCUCAGUCGUCGAACUACAUUGAAUCACUACCUCCCCAGCCCCAGCAAAAGCGGACGAUGGCUGAAAAGAUCAGUACGGCUGCAGAUGUGGCUUCGAUCAUAUCGGAUAUGGCGUCUGUGGCGACGAGUGUUCAGCAGUUAGCUGGUGGUGGUGAUGCCGGAGGUGGAAGUAUUCCGUUAGCUGUGCCAGACAUGAGUCAAUUUCUAGGAGGCCAGGAUCUCUCGGGAUUUGCAGGACAAGAUUUCUCGGGUUUGGUUGGUACCGACACGACAGCGCAGUACUUUUAGUGAGACUAACCAGUCCAGCAAAGUGAAGUUGUGUGUUCAUUUCUUGAACUUAGUUAAAAUGAAGUAAAGAGCAGACAAACAGUGUGCACUAACGCUGUGAACCCAGAUGAAUUGCAUUAAUUGGUACUUAAUUCAAAGUGCAAUUUCACCACUCGUGCACGAGCGUCGCUAAUAGUGACUCGCUAUUAAUACACGACUUAGCAACAUUAUAAAAGACCCGUGAUCUCUUCGGUUGUUGCUGCCUCGGUUGCUGACGAGGAGUAUCCUACAUGCACAUGUAACUAGAAAUGAAUUAAGCCCACUACGAUCA